CCUUCCCUAAUUAAGUUAAAACCAUAUGCUCUCCUUUUCUAUAUAAGCAAUUGAACCAGCUAGCUUCUCAGACUUACCAGGUACCGCCAUUGUUCUUCUGCAACUUAGCUUCGAAGCAGCCAUGGGCCUUUUCUUUCCUCUUCUUUCUUCAGUCUUUCUGUUCAUUAUUAUAGUAGGAGCAAACCAGGCUAAUUUAGAUCCCCAAAUCUAUUGGCGCACCAUUCUUCCCCAUACUCCUAUGCCAAGUGCUAUUGAACAACUCCUCCAGCCGGAUGUGUACGAUAACAAGCCGGACACCUCAGUGAACGUUGGCAAGGACGGAGUCAUCGUGAACACGGGCAAAGGUACCUCAGUCAACGUCGGAGAAGGAGGAGUCAACGUUAACACCGGUAAAGGCACUUCAGUCAACGUCGGCCCCGGCGGCGUCGGCGUAAACACUGGCAAUUCAAAGCCCGGCGGCACCACAGUCGGCGUCGGCAAAGGCGGAGUCAAUGUCCACACCGGCAAGGGUACCUCCGUCAACGUAGGCCCCGGCGGCGUCGGCGUAAACACUGGCAAUUCAAAGCCCGGCGACACCACAGUCGGCGUCGGCAAAGGCGGAGUCAAUGUCCACACCGGCAAGGGUACAUCCGUCAACGUCGGCCCCGGCGGAGUCGGCGUAAACACUGGCAAUUCAAAGCCCGGCGACACCACAGUUGGCGUCGGCAAAGGCGGAGUCAAUGUCGACACCGGCAAGGGUACCUCCGUCAACGUCGGCCACGGCGGGGUCGGCGUCCAAACCGGCCCCACUCACAAGCCUGGCGGUACCACCGUUAACGUUGGCAAAGGCGGCGUUGGCGUCGAUGUCAAACCCAAAGGCAAGCCCGUCCUCGUCCACGUCAGUCCCUUCAUCUACAAUUACGCAGCCACCGACACGCAGUUACACGAUAACCCUGCCGUCGCUCUCUUCUUCCUCCGGCAAGACCUCCGCCGCGGCAAACAAUUCACUUUACAGCUAGCAGAAGGCGGCGGGGCCGCCAAAUCUUUCAUCCCUCGAUCCUCGGCCGAAUCUGUACCUUUCUCUACAGCAGAGCUCCCUGCUAUUCUCUCCCGGUUUAGCAUUCCGGUCGGCUCCGCCCAGGCGGCGGCGACGGAGAAAACGCUGAGCGAGUGCGAGGCGGCGCCAGUGGCAGGGGAGAAGAAGUUGUGCGCGACAUCAUUGGAGUCGAUGGUAGACUUCGCGACGACGAGCCUCGGAACGCGCGAGGUGGUGGCAGUGGCAACGGAGGGAGGCAGCUCCGCCGGAGAGCGGCGGGUUUACAAGAUUGGGUCGGUUCGAACGGUGGCGGCAGGAGGGGGAAAAGGGGUGGUGUCGUGCCACCCGGAGGCUUAUGCUUACGCGGUUUUCUUCUGCCAUGCGACGGCGUCGUCGGAGGUUUAUGAGGUGGAGAUGGCGGCGGAGGGCGGUAAGUCGGGUGUGAAGGCGGUGGCGGUUUGCCAUACGGAUACGGCGGGGUGGAAUCCGAACCAUUUGGCGUUUAGGGUGCUUAAUGUGAAGCCGGGGACGGUGCCGGUGUGCCACUUCCUGCCGCAGGAUCAUCUGGUGUGGGCGGAGAAGGUGUGAGGAUGGUUGUGGAGAAGGGCGUUGAUGUCUGAUGUGGCCCGUUGUGUAGCGGAUUCGAUUUGAGUGAAUAGUUUAUGGUUGGAUUAUGUUGUACGAGACUUCUGAGUAUUUCACUGUUGAGUAUGUUUACUACAUAAGAAAAUAAUAAUAAUAAUAAUAAUAAUAAUAAUA